CAGAUACAUAGUUCGUUUUUUUUUAUUUGAAAAAACAUGUAGGAUUGUAUUUGAUUUGAAAUUAAUCAUUGACAAUAUUUAAUUAAUUUGUUUAUUCUUUCAUCAAAUAUCUGUGUUUGGGACAUUAGACAAUUAUAUUAGGAUGAUCUGUUAAAAAUUUGUGCUCGUGACUUUCGACAUUUAAUUUAGGAUGAUUUAUUAAAAAAAUAUCUGUAAUUGAAAUUGAAGUAUGACAUCAGUGGCUGCCCGUUCUACCUUCUAUGGAGCAGAAACGCCUCCCUCAGGACGAAUUUGGGAAAACGGAAGUAUGAACGAAUAUCGAGAGGAUGUCACAAAGAAACGAGAGAAAAAACGUAAGGAAAAAUCCGGUUACAGUUUACAGAACAAAUCGAUGUGUCCACUCUGUAUUCGAUUGCUCAAAGUAAAAAAAGACCAACAUAAAUUGAAAAACGGGAAAGAACCAGUAGCAGUACUGUCUAUCAUAGGAGAGGCUAAAGAGUAUCUGCCGAAUGAAACCAUUAAAAAUCAACUUAAAACUGGUCUGAUUGAAUUAAUGAUAACAACAUGUAUAUGGAUAAUUACUGAAGGACGAGAUACAUGUAUCGGGCAGGUUGUUGAAGAAGUGAUUCGAGGAAACACAGACAAAUGUCAAUCUCGUUGUUUCCACAAGGAUGAUACUGAACGUGACAGACUUAAAACCGGAAACCAGUCGAUUCAACCAAAUGAAAGUAACCUGGAAGUUUUCAUUAAAGAGCACUUGAAGAUACCGUUGAUAGUUAUGCUUGUUGGCGGCGGGGAAAACUCAUUCGAAGCCGCUUUGGGGAAUUUAAAGAGGAGUUAUCCUGUUUUGGUAAUAGAAGGGUCUGGGAAAGCGGCUGACUUUAUAUGUAAGGGAUACAGAAUGGGUAUGCAUAACAACAGUGAAGAAUUAAAAUCUGAAAUGAUAGAAGCAGCAAAAAUGGUAUAUGGUUCAAAUAAUGAAAAGGCAGAUACAAUACAAACUAAAUGUGAGAAAUUAAUAACGCACCUACAGGAUGUAAUGGAGAGAAAUUCGAAAUCGAUUCAUGUGUACUCGGUACAUGAAACAACAUACACCUUAGACAGGACAAUUCAGGAUAUAUUAUUUCAGUUAAUUUGUAAAGACGAAACGAACGAAGACAAGCUUACAGACAACAUAUUACAUUUUGUUGAUUUAUGGAACAGACCUGACAUUGCUGAGAAAGAAAUAUUUAAGUUAGAAAACAGCAAAGUUUUGGAAAACUUACAGAAAGAAUUAGGCAAAAAAAAGAGCAAAUUAUCAGAGCUUUUCAUCAAUGCAUUGAAGAAGGAUAGGAUUGAUUUGGUUAGACAAGUGCUCGAAUAUAAUUUGGACAAAAAACUGUAUAAAAGUUUCUUAGAUCACUCACUUGAAGGCUUAUAUGAGACCGACGGCUGUAUUGGAGGGAGUAUUUUCACGAAAUUGAAGGAAAAAACAUCCAAACAAAACAACAUUGUGGAAAUGAUUAAUGAUGCUGUGAUUAAGAUACUCGGAAGCGAAGAAAUGAAACCCUUUCAGAAAGGUGAUGAGAUAGGGAUAGAUGAUAUUUUCAAGCACCUGUUUGUCUGGGCAGUGCUUAUGAACCGCAGAGAUUUAGCAAUGUUGUUUUGGAAGAAAGACGGUGAUUUUAUAUGUUCUGCAUUAUACGCAAGUUCACUUGCUAAAAGGCUGGCUGAAAAUGCCAGCGCCGAAGCAUUCAUGGAUCAACAGACUGCUUUAUUGGAAAGUUCUAGACAUUACGAAGACCUUGCAUAUAGUGUGAUGACAGAGUUAUAUUUCAAUGAUAGAAAGCACGCUCGCCAACUGUUGGUGACAAAAGUGAAAAGAUAUAAUUCAACUACGAUUUUUGAAAUAACUGAAAAGUUCACACUGAUGAAGUUUAUGGGACAUGCUGCAUGUCAAACAAAGCUGAAUAAAAUUUGGAAAGGUGGUAUUACAGGGGAUACAUCAAAUCUUAAGGCAAUAGUUUUUGCUGUUACUGUUCUCCCUAUAUUGAAAUGGGACAUAGUGAAGUCAAACAAAACUGGUGAGAGAUCAAACAACAAAUUCAUUCAAUCGGUGAGGUCGGAUACAAAAGAACAGGAGAAAAAUACAACAUGGUUACAAUCUGCACCUAACUGGAUGAGGAAAAUAUAUUACUUUUACAACUCACCUUUGAUCAAAUUCCUUUUUUCCGUUUUAAUGUAUAUGACAAUGUUGGCGGUAUUCAGCCUGUUUGUACUGACAGAUUUACAUCCCAUGGAAGAGAAAUUUCCCUCAGUUUAUGAAUAUAUCGUUUAUGUAUGGGCUGCAUCAACAUUGGCAGAAGAAAUACGACAGGCUUAUGCUAUGAAGCACUUCAAAGCUUUCGAAUUAAAACAACUGUCCUUGAAUGCAAUGACCUGGUUCUCCUUUUGGACAUUGUUUGAAAUGCUGAUGUACUUAAUGUUUAUUACGUCUGUAUUUCUUCGAUUGACAUUGUCAGCAGAGAAGUUUUAUUAUGCACGAAUGAUGUAUGCAGUAACAUUAGGAACAUUUAUCAUCAACAGCAUGCAGUUUUUUCUUGUUUCGAAACACAUUGGACCAAAAGUUAUAAUGAUUGGAAGAAUGAUGUUCGACGUCAUUUUCUUCAUCUUGAUAUUUGCUGUGUUUUUAUUUGGCUUUGGAGUCAUUUACCAAGCAACUAUGUACCCAAAUGAAUCACCUGGAUUACCACUUUUUCAGAAUCUAAUAUAUAUGCCAUAUUGGCAGUUAUAUGGGGAAUUGUUCCUUGAACAAUUUGACGGAACAAAGUUAGAUCAUUGUACUGAUGAUGUAGCACUAUACAGUAAUGGGACUAUGGAAAGAUGUCCAUUAAGAAACCAGAUAAAUACAUUUGUAUUGGCUGUUUACAUGGUGGUUACACAUAUAAUUCUUGUAAAUAUUCUCAUUGCGAUGUUUUCACAUACAUUUACAAAAGUUCAAGACAACAACGAACUAGUUUGGAAAUUCCACAGAUUUUCGCUCAUUGAGGAGUAUUAUGAUAGAUCGUUUUUUGUUCCGCCAUUUACUAUCAUCAAUCACAUAUUGAUGGCCAUUUUGUACAUCAAAAAUGGAUGUACCGAUAAAAGAAAAAACAAGUUUAAAACUGAUGCCGAAAAUGAAAUAUUAGCUAUUCUAGAAAGAGAUGCAGUAUACAGUCAUUUCAAUUCAUCAACUCGGUUACGAAGACAUCGUGCCAAAAAUAUGGAUGCUGAAAAGGACGGGUUUGACGCCAGUUAUGAAAAAGAUACAGAUCUAAGCUUGCAAGAACAAAUUAACGUUUUGUCGGCAGACGUAGAUAUAAUUCAGAAAAAUCAGGAGGAAACUCUGAAGGCUGUAAAACAGUUAAUUGCAACAAAACAGAAUAUAUUGAUAGUAGAAGUUCCUAGAGGUAUACGCAGUGAAAAUAUGAACCAAUCAAAGUAGAUAUACGGCCCAGUGAAACUCUAAUAAACAUGAUAUUUGAUAAAACGAUUAGAUACAAAUCAGAAACUAUAGCAGAAGUUGCACCAUGAGACUCUCCUGUGCAUUAACGUUGGUAUAGGUAUUGUUCAUAUAUGAUUGUCACUAUCAGUAUUGUUUUAUUUGAGAGUCACUAUCGGCGGAUCGGCUUCCAAUCUUAUCGUUUGUAGUGGUUUUCAUAAAGUCUAGGGUUAUAGGCAGAAAAGGACUUCGAUUUAUUUUUAUUCAAUAACUUAUUAUAGAUAAUAUUUCGUUUGAAUAUAUAAUAUUUAUGUAAUUAAGGUGGUACCAAAUACCUUGACUAAAAUAAAUUUGACUCGUUUAAUUUAAAAAUAUUUACUCUUACCCUUUGACAAAAAUAUAAAAGUUUCAUAAAACUUGAACCACACGCUUUAUUGGAAAAAUUUCAUGGGAUAUAUAGCAGUUUGACAAACACUAAUUUUGAUCAUUGAGAAGCUUAAUAUUUCCUUAACAAUAGAACGUGAUUAAAAUGUUCAGCUGAUUUUUACAGAGUUAUCUCCCUGUAGUGUUAUGUACCACCUUAAGUGGAAUUUUAAGAUAUCUAUAUAUCAAUGCAUUGGUAUACAUUAUGGAGGUGUAAAUUUAAAAGCAAUUUUCAAUCUUCUAACGGUUAAUUGCAGCUUUAAUGAUAGUGAAGAUGUAAAUGUAUUUCGAAAUAUUUAUUGGUUUAUUAUAUUAUGUUUUUCAUUAACAGUUAGUUUAAACGUGCUGACUUUAGAAACUUUAUUUCAAUUCAUUUUUGUAUGUACUUUUUUGUAUUUCUUAACGAUCCGACGCCCUUUUAGGAAUGACUGUUGACAACAACAUGUGUCAAUAAUAUAAUUUUGUAAAGUGUUGAUUGUUAAAAAAAAGUAUGCUUUAUGAAUUCAAACAGACUUUUUACAUGUUAAAGGUACUACGUAUACGUUCGUAUAUACCAACAUGUUUACCUUGAUCGUUUAACAGGUCAACUGAAACCAGCAAUUCCUUUUAUUUAACCAAAAUCUCGAGAAAGUAAAUUAUAAUAAACAGGAAAUACGCAUGUUCCUUAUCAGACAACAGAAGAUUUCAUCUCAGAAAGGUAUUAAUGAAAAUUUUAUUGGACAAUUUUCCCCACUUGUUGUUUUCUGACUUACUCUUUUCUGUUUGUUGUUAUUCAAAAUGUGUAUGACCUGUUAUGACUUUCACAAUUUCAGAAAAUUAUAAACCAUUUAGUUAAAUUAAUUUCAAAUCGAUCAUUAUUUCCAAGAAUGUGUUCGUCUAGGUAACCAAAACCAUUUAAUUGAGCAUAUGUAUUGUUAAAAAGGGCUUUCAGUACGGAGAUAUUUGCAUUUUAUCAUAUAUGUACCUUUACUUUGUAAUUGUGUAUUUUUACCUUAACCAUGUAUUAUUUUACUUGUCUCGGUAGUAUUGUUAUCUAAAUAAAUAUACUUUAACAUCA